CGGGCGCAGGCGCGGCCCCGCCCCGCCCCGCGGGAAACGGAAGCAGCGCUCGGACUGCUGUGAGUUUUGGAGAUCAGCCAUGGGUAUUAGAGGCUUGCAGGGAUUUGUGGCGAGAGCUUGCCCUGAUGCAUGCCAAACAGUAGAUCUGAGAGAAAUGGCAGAAAAACAUCGCAUUGAUCAUCCUGGUUGCCCACCUGUUAUCGUGGUAGAUGCCAUGAGCUGUGUUAGACGCUGGUACACACCAGAAUCCUGGGUGUGCGGUGGCCAGUGGCGGGAGUACCUUGCCAUUUUACAGGAUUUUAUCAAUGCUUUUAUGGCAGCCGGUAUCAGGUUGGUGUUUUUCUUCGACGGGGUGGUAGAAGAGAAAAAGAGAGAUGAGUGGAUCAAACGGAGGAUGAAGAAUACUGAGGAAAUAGCCAGAUUAUUUCAGUAUAUCAAGAGUUACAGGCAACAGCCAGGGAGAGAAAUGUUUGUUCUUCCUUCAGCUCUGCCUACUUUUACACGCUAUGCCCUAAAAUCACUUGGUCAAAAAACAGUCUGCACGUUGCAAGAGGCAGACUUUGAGGUGGCUGCAUAUGGUUUGCAGCACAACUGUAUAGGAAUUCUGGGGCAAGAUAGUGACUACCUCAUCUAUGACACAUGUCCCUACUUUUCGAUUGAGAACCUCCAUUUGGACAGACUGGUCACUGUUAUGUACUCUCGAAAAGUUCUUUGCCAUGUGCUGGGUAUUAGUUUGACACACCUUCCUCUCUUUGCGUGCUUGCUUGGCAAUGAUAUUGUUCCAGAAAGCAUGUUGGAAGGCUUUUGGAACAAAUGUUUAAUCAACAGUCCUCCCAAGAUUAGCAGCCGCAACGGAAGAACAAAUAUACUGCUGUCUGUAGCAAAUUACAUCUCAAAAAUUCCAUGCUCGUACAGCAGUCUGAAACGCUUGGAAGAGAUUCUACCUCUGGGAUCAGACAAGACGUUGCUCUGCAGAGGAGUGAACUCCUAUCUUUUGCCUGGGCAGUGGUCUCCAUGGGUUCCUCCUAAUGAAACAAACUGUCAAACGUUAUCCCUUCAACAACAAUCAGCUCUCUGUCAAGAUAAAGAAAUCUUUCAGUUAGCUAAAGAACAGCAUAUCCAAUCUGAAAAUUAUUCAAUCUUCAAUAUCCUGUGUCAUGGAGAGAUUGAUUGCAGCAACUCCUUGGAAGAUGACUAUGAUACAGAGAUUCCUGGACAGGCACUUAUCUACCGCCCUGCCCGUCAGCAUAUUUAUUCUAUCUUGUUGGAAUCUGGAAAAGGUGGAACCUGUCCUUUGGUAAAAGAGUGGUUUGUCUAUUUUGGAAAUCCUCUCAAGCAGCCGGACCUGAUACAGCCUGUACAACCUUCUGUUCCAGGUGGAACACCUAAUUUGAAAACACUGUGGCUUGCCAAGGGGCCUGACGUGGAGAAGCAACGGUAUAGUACAUUUCUGGCAUGCUUUCACCUUCAAGAUGAGAUGGAAGAACUCCAAGCUCUGGAAGCACCUGUUGCAGGAUUCUGCUGCUUGGUGGCCUAUCUUAUGAUGCAGGUCAGUAGCCUCUCUCUGGAGGACUUAAAUGCAUUUCUGGCACUCAUUCUCUGCCUCAAAGGGAAAUCAGCAGCCCAACUGACAGGCCUGCAGCUUGCACAGGUAGAAUCCAGGGCUGUACAUCUGGGUGCUGUCCUUAUCCGUGGCCUUACAACGUUGCUCAUGGCCAACAGUGCCUGUGGCUUUCCAUUCAGGAUGGAUGAUCUGAUGCCUUGGGCAGUGUUUGAUGGAAAACUUUUUCAAGAAAAAUACCAGAAGGCACACCAAGGUUGCUCUGUGGAAGAACUUUUGGAAGGCAAUGAGUCUUUGUACACACCCUUCCAGAAUUUGAAGUCUCUCAUUUGCAAGGUUUGCAUGGCAAAGAACAGAACAAUACAGAGCAGACCGAGAGGGAAUGGAAUUAACACAGAGUUGCUUAGUGAAUACUGUUUUUCAGGAAGAGAACAAAGAGAUUUUAAUCCCAGGUUACAACAGCCACACAGAAGUCAUGUUGUUUCUCCAUAUCAUAACGAGAUGAGGGAGUUCACACAAAGACAUCUGCAAUCCCAAGUAAACAUGGAUGCCCUGCUCAUUCUGAGGUCAGGAAGAUGGAGAGUGAAGGAGAGGUGGAAGCAGUCUCCCCUCUUUCUGCUCCUUGCUCAGAUUACCCAUCUGUUUACCUGCCAGAUUAUCCAUGCUGCUUCAGAGAACUGAGGGACCCACUAGAAGGGAAUGCUCAGGUACCUUGGCCAGGUUGAUUUCUUAACUGAUGGACAUGGAGUCAGGAACUUCUGGAGAUCUAAGCAGUGUUAACAUCCUUUGGCUGCUGAUUUUCGUAGAAAAACUACCUCUGUCCAGAAAUAGCACACUUUGUUGGAUAAAUAACCUCCAUGCCCCACUUGCCUCAUAUUUUGAACAUAUUUAGUGCAAAUAGAGAUACAGAAAAAUUUUUUACUCAUAAAAAGCGCAUUUUGUGGAAUCAAACCAAUCCUUCUGGAUCCUGAAAGACUUCAAUUGUUAAAUGUGAUUCCAAAUGUUCUUAACUGGCAGAAACUGGCUGUAUAUGCUCACCCUGCAGCUGUUUUAUAAACAGUCAGCAUUAUUGCUGCAAUUAAAACACAUGCUUUGGAUUUUUCAUUUUGACUUUGGCUGUCAUUGACCAUCUCCAACUUCCACUUAAGACUGUUCACAAAAAGGAUCUGCACUGCUUUAACAUCAGUGAAGAUUUGCCAGAGGACCAAAUGGUGUUGUCUGAGCUGCAGUCUUUGGUGUGACUGGGAGAGUGAGGCCGCACCAAACUAGUAAGUAUGUACCAGCUCUGGUUGUACAUGCAGCGGAGGAAAGGAGCAAAACAUCCCCUGUGACUGGAACACCAUUCCCCAAACAGCACUGAAAGAGGUGGACUUCCAAGAGCACAGUCCCAGACUUGCAGAUUGCCUUUCUGAUACUGAAAGUCAUUGAUGGCAUAAAGCAUAACACAGCCCAGAGCAUAAAAUGAGCAUCUCUCAGCAGUCUGCCAUCCUCGGGCUUGAAAUUGAUCAAAAAUGGCUCAGCUACUCAGUCUUCCCAGGUGAAAAGUGUUCUUCAGUGACUUCGCUAGAGUUGCAGUGCUUGCCACUGGCAGUUAGCAGCAAGAGCACAGUCCUGGGACUCCUUGCUCCUUAUGCAGAGAUCUGCAGUUUCCGUGUGUCUGUCUGCUCCUUGGCACACAUGGUUCAUUAGGGAGCUCUCACUGAACACGUGUUCAGAGUUGAUGAGGAUCGAAUUUGUUCUGCUGUAAGAGGAUUCUGUCUAAUCAUUAGGAUGGGGGACAGAGUCAGGAAACCUGAUUGAUUCCCCUGACCUUGCUCAAGAUGUACCAGAAUCUUGUGACACUCAUUGUCAUCAGCUGGAGCACACACCCAUCUUUAGAAGUUUCUAGGAAGCUGAGAGACAUGGGAAGUGAUUGCUGCAGUGUGUGUUCCACAUUAAAAAUGUGGAAUAUUACCCCAAUAACUCCGUAGUGCUGAGGCCAGAGACUGAGCUGUGCAAAACUAGGAGCCACUUGAAAAUAUCAGCAGAUGACUCUUUGUGCUGCUCUUUGCUAAAAAGCUGUAUUUAUCUCUCAGAGAUAUUGCUGUUUGAAGAAGGGCAGGAGAACCUUGUGUGAAUUGGGCUAUACAACUGCAGAGCAUCUGGGUAAAGCUCCUGAGAAGAAGCUGUGAAUAAACAGGAGGACGUACAGGAGGUUAUCCAGGCUGCAAAUCUCUGACCAAAUUCAUGCUCUCCAAAGAAAGGCACAAGGAGCAGAGAUGGAAGCAUUUGCCAUUUCCAAAACAGCUUGGCAGUCCCCCAGGACUGCAGACAGGCUUCACUGGAGGGUCUGUUCUUCUGCUGACACAAGAGAUGGAUGAACAUACAAGUGCCAUUAGCAUUGAAGGGAGGUGCCUGCUAAACUUUCCCACGAGCUGGUGGAGGAAAAGGCUUCCAAAGGUAUCUCACGAGCUGACAGAAGGCUGUGCCUGCACAUGCUGCCUCUCUUUAAUAUCUGCCUGUGAUACAGCUGUACACUUACAUCACUUGGACGUAUCUACUUGACAUCUUGCUGUCUGUCUGUCUGUCUCAAAGAGGCACUUUGGAGCCAUGCAGCCUGCUUGCCCAUUAUCCUCAGUGCAAGUCUAUAAAUACACAACUUGCAUGUAACCUGUUUGUAUACUGACCCUCAAUCCCAGAUUGAUCAGUUGUUGAUUCCAAGGCCCAGUCUCCUUUGAAUCCUAUUUUUAUCGAAUGCUCAUCAGCAGGAAUAUAUAAUUUAUUUUUUUCCUUUUGUGGCUGUUUUUCUGUC